AUGGCCACAUCACAAGCAUCAUCUCCAAGUGGAGGUGUUGUUGAUAAUAAUACACGCGAUUUUUAUCAACAAGUUUCAACAUGGUUAAAUGAAUUUUUUCAAUUAACACCAUAUACUGACAUUGAAUAUUCAAUACGUUCAUCAUCAACAACUAUUUCAUCGAUAUUAACUACAAGUGGAGGUACAGACCGCUCAUAUACACGUUCAUUUCCAUAUGAACCAACAAACCGUAUAAGUAUUCCGUCAGCAACAAUAACACCUAUACCAUCAACAAUUAUUGAACAACAACAGCAACAACAAAAUUCGAGCCAGGAUGCACCAUCUGUUUAUCGUAGUGGUUAUAUUCUUUCGCUUCAUAUGCUUUGGUUAUCAAUUGAUCAAAAACUUUAUUUAUGGAAGUAUCCAACAAUGGUUGAUUUAAUUGAACUAGAAUUUGAUUCAAUUGUACUUGCUUGUAAUUGUGUUCGUCGUCGUAAAUCUACGACAACAAAUUUAACUAAAAAAUUAACACAUUCAACAUCAUUUCUUGGUUCAUGGUUACCAUCAGUUAUAGCAUCAACACCAAAAUUUCCACCAACAUUAACAACAAAUGAUCUUAUUGAACAUCAUAUUCAUUUACUUAUUAUAUUAACAAGUCAAGAUAUAUUAAUCUAUACAAUUGAUGAUCAACAAAUAAAUAAUAUACAACGUUGGUAUACAACACCAACAUUAAAAUAUUCAUUAAAUCAAAUCGGAUAUUUUGAUACAUUAUCAACAUCAAAUGAAAGAUUUUUUCUUGGUGGACAAUGUGGAGAUAUUUAUGAAUUUUUAUAUGAAGAUAAUAUAAAACCAACAUUAAAUAAACUUGGACAAACAUUCCUAUCAAAUUUAGUACCAAGUUUUCUUCAAAUAGGUUCAUCAUCAAAUACAAAUUCAUCAUUAUUAACUGUUAAACAAAUCACAAUUGAUCAUCAAAAAUUUUUAUUAUAUGCACGUUUAGCUAAUGAUUCAAUACAUAUCUAUGAUAUAUCAACAGAUAAAGGUCAACGAUUAUUUAAUUAUACCUUUGAUGAUUUAAUUAGUAAACUUAAACAAAGACAAACAAUUGCUCAUGAUGAAUAUCGACCUUUUUUAACUAUGUAUACUGUGCAAUCAUAUGAAUCAAAUUUAUUUAAUUUAAUAUUAGUUACACACACAGGCAUUCGAUUAUAUUAUACAUUAAUCAUGCCAACAGUACCAACAAAUUCAAAUGUUGCUCAACAACCUCAACAAUCUCGUCUUGAAUUAAUUCAUGUACGUUAUCCACCAACAAUACCUAAUUUACCACAAACAAAUUCUCAACAACCAAUAUUUCGUACAGGUUAUGUUGAUAUGAAUUGUUUAUUUUUAUUUACAACCGAUCCAAAUCGUCCACAAACAUUUGGUCGUAUGAUAUUAUUAAUAAAUUCGGAUUCAACAUUAUUAACAUCAACAACAUUAUUAUCAUCGAAUUUUAAUGAUUCAACAAUAAAUCAACAACAGCAACAGCAACAACAACAACAACAAUUUCAACAACGUUCAACAUCAGAAAUACAAUCACAAUUAUUUAAUGAAUUAUUUCUUAUUCAAGAACAAAUUUCAUUAUUAACAUUAAAUAUUCUUCCACUACAUAAUGAUCUAACACAAACUCCAUUACAUUUACCACGUAUUGGACCAUUAGCACAAAAUAUUCGUUAUAUGAUACAAACAUAUGAUUCAAUUGUAACAUUUGAUAUACCACGUUCAAUUGAACAUUUACGUUUAUUACUUUUCUAUGAUCAACAAAUUCAUUCAUUAUUAAUGAAACAAUUUUUUACUUAUUAUUCAUUACGUUAUUCAUGUUCAAUGAGUUUAGCAUUAACAUUAACAUCAGUACAAGAUAAUAAUACAAAUACAACACGUAUUAAUGAUGAUCGUUUACGUGAUUUAGCAUUUCAAACAUUUCUUUGGUAUUCAAGUUCAGCUUAUUUACAAUAUUUAGAAAGUCUUCAACAUCAACAACAACAACAAAAUCAAUUUUCAUUAGAUCAAUCAAGAUUAUAUCAAUUACAACCGCAACAACCAUUUAAUCGCUCAACAACAAUUGCACCAUCAAUAUUUAUUAAACAACGAAAUUUUUUUGAACGUUAUAUUAUACCAUUACGUAUAAAUGCAAUUUUAUUUGUAUUAAGUGAUAUAUUGCGUCCAAUAUGGACUCAGACAUUAAUUGAAUUAAAAUCUUUAUCAAAGCAAGAUAAAACAGUUUAUUAUAUAUUUCAUAAAAUUUAUGAUUAUAAUGAAAUAAAAAUAUUGUUAAAACAAUUACAAUAUUUUUUAAAAAAAUUAGCACCACAUAUGUGUUGUACAUGGUCAAAUAAAGAUGAUUUACCUGAAUAUAAUGAACAAUUAGCACAGAGAAUCUUUGCUCAACAAAAUGGUCAACCACAACAACAACAACAACAGCAAUUAUCAACAAUGAAUACAAAUAAUAAUCAAUAUCUUCGAUCAGCUUUAACAGGAGGACGUUUAAAUGAUCAACCAUCACAACAACAACAACAAACUAUUCAUCAUGCUCAUAGUUAUCCGAAUAUUUCAACUUAUUCACAGACACCUUUCGGUCAUUCAAAUGCAUUGAAUACAUCAUUAACUGGUGGUAUUAAUCCUGCUGCUGAUUUUACUCUAUCAUCUCCAUUAGCACCAACUGCAUCGACUGGUUCACUUUUUAGUUCAUCAAUGAAUAAUCAACAAGCACCAGCAUCGAAUACACUUUUUCCUAAUAUGAAUACAUCAACACAAUAUCAAUCAUCAACAUUGCCAACAAAUUCUACUAAUUCAAAUCAACAAUAUUUUCUAUCUGCAACAUCUUUAUCAUCUAUAACGGAUCUUUUACAAGAAAUUGAUUAUUACCGUACAAUAUGUCAUAUGAUUGAACGUUUAUCGGAAUUAUUAUCACUUUGGCAAAUUAUAAAUGAACAUCGUACAGAUAUGUUAAUUGAACGUUUACCUGAAUCAUAUUUAACAUUAUUCAAUGGUACAAAUGGUCCAUUUACAGUUCGAACAUUACUUGAUUUAGAUACACUUUUUUAUGAUACACUUAUAGCAGCAUUAUUAACAUCCUAUGAACAAAAUGAAUCCAUAUUUGAUCAAUUAAUGGGUCGUCUUGUUGAUGAAUGUCCAAAAUUAUGUCCAAUUGAAAAACUUAUUCUAUAUAAAGUUGAUUUAUUUCUUAAACCAUCAUCAACAUCUCAAACAACACAAUCAAUCAAUGAUCAACAUCAACGUUUAAAACAAGCAUGUCAAUUAUAUAAACAAGUAUGUGAUCGAGUAAAUAUAACAUCAUUUGCAAUGACAUUAUAUACAUUUCGUAUGUAUGAUGAAUUACUUGAUCUAUGUGUUACAUCUGGUUCAAAACGUGAUCCAUGUAAUCAAGCACUUAAUUAUUAUUAUGGACAAUACGAUGAUCAACAACAAUUUAUUGAUGUUUAUCAACGACGUUCAGAAUGUUAUCAAGCAUUAAUUGAUAUACUUGAAUUACUCUAUCAACGUGAUAGUGAAAAUACAUUAAAAACAACGGAUGGAAGUUUAACAUUAACAGAAUUUAUUCGUCAUUGUUUAUCCUAUGAUGAUGAAUUUCUACAUGUUAAAUUAUUUGAUUGGAUGAUGAAUAAACAUUUUAAUGAUAAAAUUAAAUCUUUUAGACAAAUGACACCUUAUUUAGAACGUUUUAUAAGAUAUCGAUUAAAAUUAACUAAUUUUAAUGAUUUUAUUACACUUGAUGUUGCUAUUGCAGUACUUCAAGUAGUUAAAGAUUAUACAACAUUAUGUCAAGUACUUCUUCAUUUAAUUGAUUUAUCCGAUCCUCAUGUAACAUUUGCUGAUCGUUUAUGUUACUUAGCAGAAGCACUUCAAAUUGCACGUUCAGCAAGUGCAACAUUACUAUCAACAUCAUCGUCAUCUCAACAAAUUAAAUCUACAAAUGAUCGACAAUUAACAGAAUUAAUUCCAACACUUGAACAACGUUUACAAACAGCAUUUGUUCAAAAACAAAUCUAUACUGAUUUACAAAUGUAUAUGCGUGCAUUAGAAACUCAUACCAUGACAUCAACAACAAUUGAUGAAGAACUUCAACAAUAUAUUCAACCCAUACAUGAUUCAAUAAUAAAAUUAGAUUCAGCAUUAUUUGAUGCAACUGAAUUAUUUGUUGAUUAUGCACAAAAAUAUGAAUUAUAUGAAUGUCAAUUAUUAUUAUUACAAUUGGAUGGUAAUGAAGAACCAACUAUUUUACAAACAAUAUGGCGACGUUUAUUAAGAAAAGAAGUUAAUGAUUUAUUUCCAUCGACAACAAAUUUAACUGGCAAUAAUAAUUAUGAACGUAUUAUUAUUUUACAACAACAUCUUAUUGAACGUUUACGAAAUUGUCGUAAAAAACGUUUACGUUUACCAAUAGAUUUUAUUCGUAGUGAACUUAAACAAAUUGUUCAUACAUUAAAUAAUCUUAGUGAUAAUGGUGAUGUAUUAUCAGCUGAAGAUUUUUCAAACCAAAUUCUGUCAGAUUUAUAA